CUGUUCAGUUUCACGUCAACAUAUUUACUCAGUAUGAAUUCCAGAUAUAUUUAAAAAAUCUGACAUUUAAGGUGAACUCAAACGUUAAAAAUAGGAGCGAGCGUUACUCUCGGGACUCGCUCAGCUGCUGUUAGGUAAACGUUAACUGCAACUGACCAGAGGGAGCAAAUAAAAUUACAAACUACUGAUUCUUCAUCAAAAACUCAGCUGAUGGCUACAGGUGGACCUCCUGCUCCAAGUCCCCCCAACCUGGUCACCAAGGUGGAGCUGACCAUUUCCUGUGAAAACCUGAUGGACAUGGAUUUCUUCUCCAAGUCUGACCCAGUCUGUGCCUUGUUCCUCUACACUCCAGACUCCAUCUGGUAUGAGCUUGGGCGCACAGAGACAAUCCAAAACUGCCUGAAUCCAAAAUUUUCCAAGAAGUUUGUGGUUGAUUACUACUUUGAGACGGUGCAGAGGCUGAAGUUUAGUGUGUAUGACAUUGAUAAUGACAGCCAUGAUCUGAAUGACUGUGAUCACGACUUUUUGGGGGAGUUUGAAUGUACUCUGGGACAGAUUGUCUCAAACAGGCAGAUGACGCAGCCAUUGCUUCUGACCAACAAGGAGCCUGCAGGCCAUGGGACCAUCACUAUCUUUGCUGAAGAAGUAACAGACACACGAGUGGCGAAUUUUGAAGUGUCAGCCAGAGGCCUGGAUAAAAAGUUUUUGAGGAGCUGCGAUCCUUUCCUGGAGUUCUAUAAGAAAUCAGAAAGUGGCUGGCAGCUGGCUCACAGGACAGAGGUUGUGCAUAACAACAGGAACCCAGUAUGGAUUCCCUUCUGCAUCACACUCAGAUCUCUCUGUGAUGGAGACCUUGAAAAACCAAUAAAGGUGAAGUGUUAUGACCACUACGUGAACGGCUCCCAUGAGCUUAUCGGGACCUUUAAGGCGUCUCUGGCAGAGAUGUUACACGCAGGCUGCACUUUCCCUGCGGAGUUUCAGUGCUUUAAUGAGCAAAAGCUUAGAAAGGGCAACUAUAAAAACUCCGGGGUCAUUUGCAUAAGGCGCUGCCAGAUGGAGAAGGUAUACAGCUUCCUGGAUUACAUAUUGGGAGGUUGUCAGAUCAACUUCACGAUUGCCAUCGACUUCACCCAGUCUAACGGGGUUCCAAGCUCUCCCAAUUCUCUCCACUACACCAGCCCAGAGGGCUUCAACGAAUACCUGCAUGCCAUCUGGGCCGUGGGUCAUGUCGUCCAAGACUACAACAGGACUAAGAUGUUUCCUGUGUUUGGUUUUGGAGCCCAAAUCCCUCCAUCCUCAGAGGUUUCCCACAUGUUUCCUGUCAACUUCAACCCAUCAGAUCCCUUCUGUGCAGGCAUAGAGGGAGUGGUUCAGGCCUACCAGCAGUGUCUACCAUGCGUGGAACUGUGGGGUCCCACCAACCUCUCCCCCAUCAUCAAACACGUGUCCUGUUUUGCCAGACAGGCUCUCCACCAGAACUUAGCUGCAGAGUACUUUGUGCUGCUCAUCAUUACAGACGGCAUCGUCUCCGACAUGGACCAGACACGCCGAGCCAUCGUGAAGGCCUCACAUCUGCCCAUGUCUAUCAUCAUAGUGGGUGUGGGCGCAGCGGAUUUCAGAGCCAUGGAGUUCCUGGACAGUGAUGACCACCUGUUGCGUUCCCCCAGCGGAAAAGCUGCCGCCAGAGACAUUGUUCAGUUUGUUCCCUUCAGAAAAUUCCAAGACAACCGGGUGGCUCUGGCCCAGAGUGUCCUGGCAGAGCUUCCAGAUCAGGUGGCGUCAUUCUUCAGGGCUUACAAGCUAAAACCGCCAAACCUAACUGAUGUUCCAGAGACGACCCAGUAAGAAGAGUUUGUUUGUGCCUGCUUCUCCAUCAGCCUGUUUGAUACAAUCAGAAAUAAAAGCACAAUAAACAUACUGCAUAGGA